AGCAACCUCGCACCCACAAAUGAGCGUGCAAGACAAGGGGGAGGGGAGUGACUGGAGAGGAGCGAAAAAACGGCAUGUCAUCUGCAGCAUCAUAAAUAAGAAGAAACACAAAAAAACUAGAAGUCUCCACGCGUGACAUCAGCACGGCUCUAUAUGAGGAAGGAGGCAGAAAGCAUCAGGACCAAUCUGGAGUCAGUCACCGCUCAACCUCAGCAGCGCGCAGAAACGCACACGCCACGCAUUUGCGGCUCCCACUCCCUCCAAGUACAACCACGCGUGGUUUUGAGUCCACUGUACUACGUGACCAACUUUGAAGAAACCAAGGUGAUCGGAAUCUAAUAAUUCUUUCAGAAAGGGGGAAAUUCUGCCUCUUACUCCUUUACUUGCACGCUGAAAGUACGCGUCCCUGUCGGACCUCUGCUCUCUCUUUGGAAACACAAGUUUUGUCACACAAGGAGUGAUGCUGCGUGUUCCCAAACUGCACUUGCAGUCCAGGGGACCCUAAAACAAAAACGGAACCUGGGCGGAGAAGCAUUUUCUCUGAUGCAAGCGCACCGACGAGAACACUCAUACUCAUCGGAGGACCACCUCGCUCCAUAAAAUGAUCCCAAUUGGCGACCUGAUACUGUGUCGCAUCUCGUCUGAUGUUUGACAAAUUAGCUGUCCUACAAGGAACUCCAAGAGAACACUUUCAAAGACUUCAUCGUCAGACCACUUUUUAAAUCGGGGUCCGGACAACUUAAUCGCCGUCCAGAUGCAGUUUCGACUCAUCUCAUUUGCCCUGAUAGUAUUGAACUGUAUGGAGUACAGCAACUGUCAGGCGCCGUCACAACGCUGGAGGAGAACCAAAAGAGCUACCUAUGGAGCGUACCCCAUCUGUAAAGGCUGCUCAGUGUGCUCCAGAGACAAUGGCUGUGUAAACUGCCAGCCCAAACUUUUCCUGUUUCUGCGAAGAGAAAGGAUGAGACAGUAUGGCGAAUGUCUUCAUGACUGUCCAGCUGGUUACUACGGCAUGCGCAGCCCAGAACUUAAUAUGUGUUCCAGGUGCAGGAUAGAGAACUGUGAGUCUUGCUUCAGUAAAGACUUUUGCACCAAAUGCAAGUCAGGUUUUUACCUGCACAAAGGGCGAUGCUAUGACAAGUGCCCCGAGGGCUUUGCCCCACUGGAGGACACCAUGGAGUGUGGAGAGGGCUGCGAGGUCGGGCAGUGGAGCGAAUGGGGAGCUUGCACCAGAAGAAACAAAACCUGCGGCUAUAGGUGGGGUCUGGAGACCCGAACGCGGCAUAUUGUAAAGAAACCACCCAAAGACACAAUACCGUGUCCCACCAUUGCUGAGUCCCGCAGGUGCAAAAUGGCCGUGAGACACUGCAGAAAAGGAGGCUCGGGGAAGCAUCGAUCCAAAGAAUCAAAGAAGAAAGCCAAGCAGAGGCUGCGAUUUUGGGCCCAGAACCAGCACAGCGACCACUUGGCCUCUGCACGCUCCGGCCAGUGAGGACUGAAAAGACGGACUCACCGUUGAACAAAGAAACUACGCAAAGCUGCUAGCUGCAACCAUGCUCUGACUGACAAAUAUCACGAAACAUCGUCAACCUCGCCUGUCUCUCAGACCUCCAAUAACAAUCCCGCCCACCCCUACUUACCUCCCAGAACAUUACAAUGAUUAGUAAAUCCGUCACUGCAAAAUGUGUGUCUGUGAUUAUUUUUUUUCUGCAGAAACACACUAAAACAUAGUUCACGCACCUGCCUCUUGCUACUACCCCUUGGCUACACUGUUCAGCUAAGUGGCUCAAUCCCCGCAGCCCCACCCCAUGCCUUGCCUUGUGGACCUUUACAGCUGACAUUAGUGAACUCAUUUCCCCUCAAUAACAAUGUCAUUAACUGUCUAGGGUGAUUGAAGAUAGAGGGGGCGACCUGAGACUGGAAAGGCGGGCAAGCCAAACAGAGGGAGGUGUAAGAGAAAGGUAGUGAGAGAGUUGGCAAGCUGCACUGUUCAGGGAGGCGUAGGUAAGGAGAUUCAUUAAACAGCCGUGACAGAGGACAGGAAACAGGGGGAAACCUGGAGGAGGUUUAAGAGGUAGGAGAAGACUAGGCCGAGGAAAGUGAGGCUGAUGAACAAGAAGAUGGCACCUUGAGCUGAAAGAGACUGUUUUGUUUUUUGUGUGUGUUUCUAUAUUUAUGUCAAAGCUACCCUUGUGUCUGAAUGGAUAUAGACUGUUUCCAUGUGUGGACUUUAUGUUCUGUACAUUUAUGAGAGUAAUAUUAAAGAAGUUACCAUGCAUAGUUGCAAAGUAUUUUAUUCUCAGCACAAACUGUUUACGUUCAGUCCGCUGUAUGCUCUAACUGUAUGGUGUGCAUUAAGAAAGGAACAAAAAAAAGCUAAGAACUUUAGUUGUUUGACAAGCAUGGCGAGAGACACAUGUAAUUAGUUCAUCUAAUUAUGAAAGCUUAUUGCUGUAUUUUCAGUAUUGACCUGUUCACCAUUCUAAAUGUUGUAGAGAUAAAAGGCUGUAAUACCAAGAUGCUGAUUACAAUUAUUAAAAACAAUAACAUAGACAUCACAUAGCUAUUUCAUUUAUAUGGUAUAUAUUUGGUUUAUUUAUUGAUUCUAUUUUAUACUUUUUUUGUUCAAUGACAAUUUCUUUUUGCCUCAUGCUGUUACUCUUAUAUGCUUUAAUAUUCUUUGAGUUUGACAUGUGCAUCUCUGCAAGAAUUUGUAAAGUCAUGCUUAGUGUUGUACUCCAUCCAUUUAAAUACAUCUACUGAUUUCACAGUUUCAAAGAAUAAGCAAAAUUGACAUAUAAAACUCUGCUUUGAUAUAUUCUGAGUUUAAUAAUCAGAUGCCAGCAAAUGGAUGGUCAUAGGACUGCAUAUGUGUACAUUGUGUUUUAUUAAACAUUUCACGUGACUGUA